AGCGGCUUGCGCGCGCUUUGCUUCUAGCGCUGGCCAUGGCUGCAGCGUCUACGCUGGCUGUUUUGGCCACCCGGCUGCUCCGGCCCGCGCAGAGCUGCAGUCUCCGCCAACGCCCCUUCCACCUCUCGGCAGUUCGAAGUGAAGCUGUUGUCAUUUCUGGAAAGAAGCUUGCUGAGCAGAUCAAGCAGGAAGUGCGGCAGGAGGUGGAGGAGUGGGUGGCAUCAGGCAACAAGCGACCACACCUGAGUGUGGUCCUGGUUGGCGAGAACCCUGCAAGUCACUCUUAUGUCCUCAACAAAACCAGAACAGCUGCCGAUGUGGGAAUCAGCAGUGAGACAAUUAUGAAACCAGCUUCAAUUUCAGAGGAAGAACUGUUGAGUUUAAUCAGUAAACUAAACAAUGAUGAUAAUGUAGACGGCCUCCUUGUUCAGCUGCCUCUUCCAGAGCACAUUGAUGAGAGAAGGAUCUGCAAUGCUGUUUCUCCAGACAAGGAUGUCGAUGGCUUUCAUGUAAUUAACGUCGGGCGAAUGUGCUUGGACCAGAAUUCCAUGUUACCGGCUACUCCAUGGGGUGUGUGGGAAAUAAUUAAGCGAACUGGUAUUCCAACCCUAGGGAAGAACGUGGUUGUGGCUGGAAGGUCAAAAAAUGUUGGCAUGCCCAUUGCAAUGUUAUUGCACACAGAUGGGGCGCAUGAGCGACCCGGAGGUGAUGCCACUGUCACAAUAUCUCACCGAUACACUCCCAGGGAGCAGCUGAAGAAACACACAGCUCUUGCAGAUAUUGUGAUCUCUGCUGCAGGCAUUCCAAAUCUGAUCACAGAAGAUAUGAUCAAGGAAGGAGCAGCUGUCAUUGAUGUAGGAAUAAAUAGAAUUCAAGAUCCCAUAACUGCUAAACCCAAGUUGGUUGGAGAUGUGGAUUUUGAAGGCGUCAAGAAGAAAGCCAGUUACAUUACUCCAGUCCCUGGGGGUGUUGGUCCCAUGACAGUGGCAAUGCUAAUGAAGAACACCAUUAUUGCUGCCAAAAAAGUGCUGAAGCUUCACGAGCGGGAAGCACUGAAGUCUAAGGAGCUUGGGGUAGCAAGUAAUUAACUCUGAUGUCGUCUGUGUCAGGAACAGCACACCAAGCCAGUUCAAGAGGAAAACCAGGCCAAUAGCAAUGCGAUAGAUUUUAUUUAUUCUAUUUAAGUGGCUGAAAACAAUGCUUUGUUAUCUCUUGCAAGCUUCAGUGGGUGGGUGAUUGCACACAUCGCUCUGCAGUAACCCACCAGGGAGCCCGCCACUGUGGUGCUAGGUCAUGUGCUCUAGCUGAGAAGCCAGUAGCCUUGUGAUUAACAGUGGCCACCUGGUCACUUUGAGAAUGGCUGCUUAACUUUGUUAAGCCACUUCAGUUAAAAGUUGUCUUUUCUGGGAAGGCAGCUGUGCUCACCACUCUGCCGCCAACACUGCACGACUUUGUCUUUUUCUAGGAUUGCAUUUCCCAAGUGCUAUUCCAACAAUCAGUUGAUACUCACUUUAGGUUCCAAACCUUUUGAGCUCAACUGGUCAAACCAAAGGAAAAAUGUUGCUAGAAAAAAAUUAGGGGAAAGGUAAAAAGAAAGAAAGGGUGGUAAUUGAAUAGAAAGUAAUUUAAUUUAUAUACAUAUUGAUAACCAGAAGAAUAGCUAUAUAUUAAUGCCUCCUAAGUUGUCAUUUUGUGGCUUAGUCAUUGGGGAAAUGUUUGGGGUUUGUUCCAUUUGUGAUUAGCUCUCCUUUUAUGUAUGUUACAAUUCCUGAGGUCUCCCCAUUUUAGUUUUCUAGAAUUGAAAGGCUUAUUUUAUAAAUUACUCAUGUGUAUUGUCAUAUUUGGCUUUUCAUAUGUCCUUAAACUUCAUUGUGAAAUUUUUGUACUGUUGGAGGUGUCUGUAUGGUUUCUUUAGUAUGUCUGGAAACCUAUUUUUGGAAAACAAAACUUGGUCUUGAUAAUCAUUAGGGCAGCUAUGUAUAAGUAUGCAACUUACUUUUCCACCAAAGAACUGUCAACAGCUUCCUGCUUUUCUCUAAUUUCCCCAGUUGGUUUUUGAGAGCUUGAGUUGAUACUGAAUUUAACCAGACUUGAUUAAAGGGCUUUUUUGUUUCAUUAAAAAACAAAAACACUUCUGA